GAGAAGUAGGAGAAGAAAAAGUGAGAAGAGAAAGGACAUUUACCUGAUUCAUCUGGAAAAAAUCACUCUUCACAGGCUGACAGAACACAGGUAUGGAGUGUCGAGUGUUUCUCCUCCUGCUGGUCUCAGGACUCUGUACACUGUCCUCAUGUUUCCCUCAACAAUAUCACUUUGUGAACAUGAGUAAGAACUGGACUGAAGCACAGAGUUACUGCAGAGAGAACUACACUGACCUGGUUACCAUUGACAACCCAGAGGAAAUGAACAGAGUGAUUAACAGUGUAAACCUCACUGGUUAUACUGGACCAGCCUGGAUAGGACUGGAGAAGGGAAACUCGUGGAACUGGCAGUGGUCCCUGGAAGAGAGACGUCUCUACAGUGAUGGACAGACUGGGUUCUCAAACUGGGACAGCAGUCAACCUGACAAUUAUGGUGGGAAUGAGAACUGUGUGGAGAUGAGAGACAACGGAAAAUGGAAUGAUCUCCCUUGUGAAUAUAAAUGUCCUACAGGAUUCUUUAUUUGUUAUGAUGGAAGUGCUGAAGGUGACCAGAGAUACAUCCUGAUUAAUGAUGCAAAGACAUGGAAAGAUGCUCAGAGAUACUGCAGAGAGAAUUAUACAGACCUGGUCAGUGUGAGGAACCAGACUGAGAAUGAUCUCAUACACAACAUGUUUACAACUGGAACCUGGGUGUGGAUCGGUCUAUACAGAGACUACUGGCAGUGGUCAGACCAGAGAAACUCCUCAUUCCGCUACUGGGCACCAGGAAAACCUGAUAAUUAUGAUGGGAAUGAGAAGUGUACUGUAGCCUCGAUCACACAGACACUCAAUGGAACGUGGGAUGAUCGACAGUGUGGUGAAAAUCACCCGUUCAUAUGUUAUGAUGACGCUCCGCUCAUCCUGGUCCAGGAGAAUAAGACCUGGAAUGAAGCUCUGAACUACUGCAGAGAGAACUAUGUGGACCUGGUGUCUGUCCACAGUAAGGAGAUUCAGAGCUGGGUGGAGAAGAAGGUUAGAAGUGCCACCAGUUCCCAUGUAUGGAUCGGUCUGCGCUUCUCCUGCAGAUUGAAACUCUGGUUCUGGGUCACUGGAGGUGUGGCCUGCUACCAGAACUGGGUUCCGGGCAACGGGACCGGAGCUGGACACUGUGGGAACACUGCGGCUGUCCAAUUUGGAGGAGGACAUCAGUGGGUCAGUCUGCCUGAGACUCAGGAGCUCAACUUCUUCUGUGUCACAUCUUAA